AGCCGUGAGGCUCGGGAGUACGCCUUGGUCCGAGUCUGGUGGAUGUUGCUCCGCACGGGCCCCAGGGCGAUUCCGCUCCUCUGUACCGGCGGACGCUAGAUGGCCGCGGAGGGCCCGUCCAUGGCUCCCAGUGCCCUCGGCGGACUGCCAGAUCGAGCGGCGCCAGGCUCGCCGCUCUGGGCUGGGCGCCGACCAGGCUGCCAGACCGCAUGCUCGUCGACCGUGGUGGCGGUGAAGCAGCUGGCGCCAACAGCCUGUGCGGGGACCGCCACCGCGGCCGCGGACUGCGACCGCACGGAGAUGCUCGCCGAGGUGGAAUUCUUCGUUGGCGAGAACGUCAGGUACUGGAGCGACACGCACGGCAUCUGGAUGGAGGCCGUGGUGGCGCGCAUCAACUUCUCGACGGGGAAGCCGCUCACGUACGAUCUGGACGUCAAGCGCGGCGCGCGGGCGGACCGCAUUAGGAAGAUCGCCAGCGACGGCCCGCCAAGGAUUCUGGCGGCCCAAGACGACGGUACAUUGCCGCAGUCCGAGGC